CCCACCAACAACGCUGUAUAGUUCAGACUCUUGUGCUUCACUGCAGAGACGAGAGAGCUACACAAAACCGAGGAACAUGUCAGCUUUUCUACGCAGCCGUGGACAUUCGUAUCCACGUCACGGCGCGGUCACGACAAAUCCCGAGCUUCCAGUCGACGCCGUUUCAAUUUCCACUUCAAUGUGUUGGUGAAAACCUUCCCCCCCCUCCCCCCCUCCUUCCCUUCCAUCCCCUCCUCUUCCUCCUCUCAGCUGUCCCGUCGCCAGCAUGGACAAGACGCUCUGCAGUCCACAUCCAGGCACCAACAACAGAAGCAACUCUUCUUCCUCUUCGGAUCGAGGGAACUCAUCGUCGAGAAAGCCCGUCCGGACGGGGUUACAAAGCCCGGGCUCCGGCGCCCACUGCGGCUCCGUCGGAGCAGUAGGCGGCCGGGGGGCUUUGCUGGGGAGCAGCACCAAUUUGCAGCAGCAGCAGGGUCGCAGGAUACAGCUGGAAGGAGUUCUAAGCAAAUACACCAACCUGAUCCAAGGAUGGCAGAACAGAUACUUCGUAUUAGAUCCAGAUUUGGGACUGUUGCUGUAUUUUGUCAAUGAGCAGGGAAGGAGUCAGAAGCCACGGGGAUCCCUCCCCUUGAUCGGCGCCACGGUGACUGUGAGUGACGAGGCUCCUCACAUGUUCAUUGUCAACUCGGCCAAUGGGGAGCUGUAUAAACUCAGAGCUUCUGAUGCCAAAGAGCAGCGGUUUUGGAUCACUCAGCUCCAAGCGUGUGCCAGGCGACAUUCUGACGGCAGCGCAAAGGUGAGGAAACUGAAGGGCUCAGAUGAACACCUGAGUGUAGAAGAAGCAGGAGGAGGGCAAGACGUUAUGGGGUCAUCCUCAGGUCGCAACCGUAGCUUCUCCCUCCUCCCCCACCUCACGCCAUCUUCAUCACCGGCUUCUCAGAGACAACUGGGCCAUACGUCCUCGCCCGCUAACAUUGUGACAAUAACGCACCACAAGUCCCCGGCUGCAGCGAGACGGGCCAAGAAUCAGUCACCGGGACAACUCCAUGAGGUCAAAGAGAUGAUGUCCCAAGCAGAGGGCCAGCAAAAGAACCUCGUCCAGUCCAUUGACUCGCUACCCACCAAAGGCCCCCUCUCCUGUCUGGACCAGGACCUUCUCCUGCUCAAAGCCACCUCGGCCGCCACCCUCAGCUGCCUGGGAGAGUGCCUGAACAUCCUCCAACAAACCCAGAGCCGUAGCCAGGUGGCGUCCCAGUCUCAGGCCGCUCAGCGCAACCACACGGUCCACGGAGGCCCCAUUGAGGGCAAUCCCAUGUGGACGGUAUUAAAGUCACCAUCAGGGCAGCAGCUGAAGAACGGCGGCCUGACUCCUCUGCGCUUGGCUGAACCCUCGCCAGGCCUCAGGGAAAGGAGCCUAUCACACGGGGCGGAGAUCUUUUUGGAAAUGAAAUCCACUUGUGUGCAGGUCAAGCAAGGCAGCAACCAAGCUGGGCUGGCAGACAUCAGCCCCAGCGAGGAGGUGACGGACACGGAGGACAACGAGGAGGAGGACCUGGGGGUCCUGGACGACCAGAGGAGCGUCAUCCUCCACUUGCUCUCCCAGCUCAAACUGGGCAUGGAUCUCACACGGGUGGUGCUGCCGACUUUUAUUCUGGAAAAGCGCUCCCUGCUGGAGAUGUAUGCCAACUUCAUGGCCCAUCCGGACUUGUUCCUGUCAAUCACAGCCGGAGCUACGGCCGAGGAGCGCAUAGUCCGCUUUGUGGAGUACUAUCUGACGUCCUUCCAUGAAGGACGCAAGGGGGCGGUUGCCAAGAAGCCCUACAACCCCGUGCUGGGGGAGACCUUCCACUGCUCCUGGGACGUCCCUCGUGAUAAAGUCAAAGCAAACCAGGGAUCAUCCCGGGAACCGGGCCGGGGCCCCAACAAUUCCCAAGAGGCUGGGGAUACAACAGGAAGCGGAUACAGGGUCCGUUUUGUGGCGGAGCAGGUGUCCCAUCAUCCGCCAGUUUCAGCUUUUUACUGCGAGUGCUGGGAGAGGAGGGUGUGCGUCAACGCCCACGUGUGGACCAAGAGCAAGUUCAUGGGAAUGUCCAUAGGAGUGUCCAUGGUCGGAGAAGGCGUUCUGUCCCUCCUGGAGCACGAGGAGGAGUACGUCUUCUCGCUGCCGUCCGCCUACGCCCGCUCCAUCCUGACUGUGCCCUGGGUGGAACUGGGGGGCAAAGUCUCCAUCAAUUGUGCCAAGAGCGGCUACUCGGCCGCCGUCACCUUCCACACCAAACCUUUCUACGGCGGCAAAGUACACAGAGUAACAGCAGAGGUGAAACACAACCCGACCAACACCAUCGUGUGCAAAGCCCAGGGCGAGUGGAACGGUACGUUGGAGUUCACCUACAGCAGCGGGGAGACCAAAGUCAUCGACACAAACAAACUCACCGUCACCAGGAAGAAGAUGUGCCCGCUGGAGAAACAGGGACGCACUGAAUCCAGGCGGUUAUGGCAACACGUGACCAAAGCCCUGAAAGACGGCAACAUGGAUGAGGCGACAGAGUACAAACAUCAACUGGAGGAGCAGCAGAGGCAAGAGGAGAGACAGAGGACUUCUGAAAACAAAACCUGGACACCCAAGUACUUCACUAAGGAGGGUGAGGGUUGGAUCUACAACAAGCCUCUGUGGAAGUCAACCUGACACACGCACCUCUUUUCUUCUCAUGGGACACUUGAGCAGUGACGCCCCCCGCCCAGGAGGUCCAACAUGGGUAGCAGCAACCUUAAACUGGAGCCGUGGACUCCUCCCUAUGUCGCCAUGGAGACAAACAGGAAACAAGCAAACGGUGCCAAAGGGAAUGUGGACAAAAAACAUUUUUUUGUAUAUUGUUAUUAGACGACUAGAGUUCUUCUAUUUUUCACUUUCUGGCCUUUUUGCACACUCACCAUAAUCAAGUGUGUUGUCUUAUCAGAUCUUUUAGUUUGUCUUAUCAUUAGCAUUCACCUCAACACCACAAGUCCUUUAUAAAGCACUUUGACCAAGAGAAGAAAUGUACAAUUUUAUACCUUAGAGAUAUUUCAAAUCAGGGUGUUCACUUAUUACUUCUAUCAGAAAAAUCACCGAUACAAAAUGCGGAUAUGAAAUAUGAAUAACAUUGACUUUGAUCUUAAGUACCUGAUUGUGUGUGUGUGCAUUGAAUGUAUACACACCUACCUUGUUAGAUACUAUGUGUGCUUUUUCUUGUAUUAUUUAUAGUUUAGCAUCCAUAAAGGCUGUCCUCUCAUAUCUUGUGUGCCUUUAGUGGGGAAAAAAAUGGGGUUUCUGUUAAAUUAAUUAUCGGAACAUUAAAUUUUUUUGGUAAGCUUAUUGAUGCAGGUCAAAUGACCUGAAAGCAAAUAUAGUUCAACAUCAUGGCUUAGGGGAAGGAUACAAAAAGCUGCAUUAAAAACACUAUCAAAACAUAAUUAUGCUAGUUUCUUCAAUAACAACAACGGCGGCGGCGACAACACUUACAGUGUCCGCCCUCCUUGGGAUGGCUGUAUCUUCCAGCACAAGACGUGUGCUCCAGUCCUGAGGUAAAAAAAAAAAAAGUGCUGACGGCAAAUAAGCAUCUUUGUAGCGAAAUGGAGAGCUAGGUAUCCGCUCUUUCAUCUGUGAAUGACAAGCAGCUAGCAACGUGUCGUGUUAGCUGCUACAAUAAUAUUACUGUAGCUUGGUUAAUAUACAAGUCACUUAUGUAAAUGGAACACUGUCGCCGUUUUUGAGGGUUUUUUUUGCAAGCGCUUUAGCAUAAAUUUCCCAUGAUGUCUGUUGUUAGCUAGCUCAUUAGCUUGUUUCCUCGCGUAGAAUUCACAGAAAAGGGAAAUAAAUGUGUUCAUGCUUCACAUAAAGAUUGUGAAUGAUGGGCAAAAUUCCUCCCAAAAAGUGCACUUCCCCUUUAAGACAAUUUUUAUUUUAAAUUAAUAAAAAAAAAAAAUUCAAGUAAUCGAGUCAAAAAUACUCUAAAUAUGGAAAUAACAUUGGAAUAUUACAAGAACAAAAGCGGCAGUUUUACAGUAAGUUGGAAUAGUCCUAACUUUGACAAAUAAGAAAAAAAAUAUAUUACAUGAGUUAAGUAAAAAUAUUUUUAAUUAUGCAGGGGUGGGGCCAGCGUGGCAAAAAAAUGUAAAUAAUUACAAGCAAAAAUAUGAAUUAAACGUAAAAAUACACAAGAAUACUAUUGGAAUAUUACAAGAAUGUAGCCAUAGUUUUGUAUUAGGUUGUCAUUUUAUAGGAAUUAAGUUGUAAUUUUGGACAAUUAUUUCACUUAAAAGAAAAAGGGGGAAAAAAUAAAUAUUAGGGGAAUUAUAUAAAAAAUAUUUUUAGAUGUCGGGCGCCGAUAAACAGUAAGUCUAUAAUAUAGAAAUAAUAUUGGAAUAUUACAAGAACAAAAGCGUCAGUUUUACAGUAAGUCAGAAUAGUUCCAACUUUGUCAAAUAAUUCAAAAGGAAAAAUAUAAAUAUAUAGAAUAAAUAAUUACAUGAGUUAAGUAAAAAUAUUUUUCAUUAUGCGGGGGUGAAGCCAGAGAAAAAAUGUAAAUAAUUACAAGCAAAAAGCUGAAUUAAACGUAAAAAUACACAAGAAUAUUGUCAAAUAAUUCAAAAGGAAAAAUAUAUAUUACAUGAGUUAAGUAAAAGUAUUUUUAAUUAUGCGGGGGUGAAGCCAGGGAAAAAAUGUAAAUAAUUACAAGCAAAAAGCUGAAUUAAACGUAAAAAACGUAAAAAAAGAAUAUUACAUAAAUGUAGCCAUAGUUUUGUAUUAGGUUGUCAUUUUAUGGGAAUAAAGUUGUAAUUUUGGACAAUUGGGAAUGAUAUAAAAAAUAUUUUUAGAUGCCGGACGCUGAUAAACAGGCUGGGUUCAAACCAUGACCCUUGGGGUACAUUUUGGAAAUCCUUAGGUACAUUUUGGAAAUCCUUAGCUAAAGGUGAGUACAUAAUAUGGUGUUGCUAACAAUUUAAUCCAUUUUUUGUGGUCAUUUUAAUAACUAUUCUUAUUUCAAUAACCCAUUUCAUACAUGAGUAUAAAAUGAAUGUUACUUACCGAUGUUGACAAAACUGUAACAAAUGAAUAAACGGAUGUUAUCAUUUUAAAGUCAACCGCAUGCACCCACCAUCAAAUGAAACACGUGCUCACCAAGACUGAUUGUCCUCAGUCAAAUGCUGCCCCCUAGCGGCCACUCUUUGUAUCGCAGCGGCCGCAAUAACAACAACACAAGAUACUUUCAUUGAAUUGUAUAUUUAAAGAUGACAGAACAAACAGAUCAACAGUGUCAACGCUGAAAGGAAAAAAGAAGUGUCAAAGAAACAUUGCAUCAAAGAAUAACCCCCCCAAAAAGUAAAAACCUGUCAGGGACAGACGGCACUGAGCGACAAAAAAAAAAGGAAAGUGAAGGAAGGGGGUUGUUUUUGUCACUAACCUGAACAAAUGUGAAAAUAAAAUAGAAAUAAGACAAAAUAGGAGGGCACGGAACUUCACAUCACAUUAAGGCUGGCUUUGCACUCGUUUGGAGGCAAGCUGUGACUGACUCGAUGCUUUGGAAGCCUAUAAAAAGCACAAAGACAAAAAAAGGUAAAACCAAGAAAAGCAGGAAGUACAUUUGUACGGCGUGUUAAGGAUUAACCAAAUUUUCUUCAGUCUUAAGAUAUAGUUGGGAUUUUAGGACAUGAAGUAGUCUGACUUACCCAUCGUCCCACACUUCCUCAGUCAACAAUUUGGGUCGGUUUUUGUUGAAGA